AUGCAGUCAAACAAACAACAGGGCAGCAAUAAAUCAAAGUCCGUUUUGUCCCAGGAGACGGCCAUUGAAAUUUUUCUGGAAAGGGACGUCACCUGCCUGGACAGGUUCGCAAGGUGCCAUGAGGUGGCGCUCAAGUAUGGUGUGAGCCCCAAGACUAUCCGAGACAUUUGGAAUGGGAGGACAUGGUCGAGGGCUACACAGACGCUCUGGACAGCAGCGGAAGUACAAGUUUUCAGGGGUGCCGAAGUCAAAGAGAACGAAUCGACUUUGUAUCAGAACGAGAUGAAGUCGGAGAGCGAAACAAGGCCUGAGUCAAGCUUUGCUGCGAAGACGAAUCGACCUAAUGAAACGAGCAUGGAGCUGGACAGCAGAUCACUGUCGAGCAAGAACAGCCUCCACUCCUUCCAGCCCGCUGGAGCCUGGAACUCUUCGCCGAACUUGUCGUUUUCAUCGUCGUCGUCGUUCUCGAGCACCACGUCAAUCAGCCAGAUGGCUUCUGAAGAAAUGUUAAAGUUGCAGCAGACAUACCCUGAAGCGUGCAGCAAAGAUGAAAAUAUCAUGCUUCCAAGGCUGAGGCUCCCUCAUGUUGAAUCAGCGCCUGACGAAGGACGGAGCACAACGGUUGGUGCUAAGCAAGAGCAUGUGCUGGGAGGAUGGGGACAAGAAGGAAGAGUUGCUCGUUGCCGCAUGUGCAAUCGUGCCGGUCUUAACGAGGAUGGGGAUUGCUCCUUCCAUUCCAUGGCAUUUACUAAUGCCCAAUUAUAA